UUAAUUAUUAUUAUUUUAAAGUCUCUCGUCAGAGGGCAUUGCUUUUCUUUUUCGGCAUGGACAAGAAACGUAAACGGUCGAAGCAGCUAUUGGCAGUUGAACAUUCUGUUACGGAUGCAGAACAUGUGUCUAACCUAAUAUUUGAAAAGAAAGCACCUAUAAUCAAACCAAUUCAAAGCUCAGUAUUAUCCAAAGUACAAAAGUUCCUCCCACAACUGGAAGCUGCUGAAAAACAUCUUAAGACUCUAUCUCCAGAAGAUUACAAUAUAGAAUGCAUAGCUGAAGAUUCUACAUUCAUUGAAAUGAAUGUCGCAUUAUUGCCAGAUGAAAGUGAAAGUGAAGAUUCAGAUAUUGAAAAUGGACAGAUAAAGAUUAAAAAAUUGUCAAAAAAUCCUCAAAUAUCAGUUGUAAAUAAUAAGGAAAACAAUAGGAUAAAUGAUGUAAAAUCCUAGAUUAUGUAAAUACAGGUUUUUAUAUUAAAAUGCUAACAAUGAA